AUGGCAUUAAAUAAAUCCGAUAAAAAGAAAUGGGCGAUUUCAGAAGAAAACCAAAGACGAUUACUGGAACGAUACAGUAACAACGAGGCACUCAAGCAUGCGCAGGUUGCAAUUGACUCCUUCGGAGACAAAAAGAAAAAGUUACGACAGCGAAUGUACGUGCAACCCGUCGGUCAAAUACCAAAUUUUGAGAGACUUAGGGGUUCGGAGUCAUAUGACGACGAAGCUGUUGAACACUAUCUUGAGCGUGCAAUCCUCUAUGAAAAUGAGACAGCAUUACGUGAAAAACGCGAUGAGUAUGCUAUCAUCGAAGACGACUUUGGGCCAAUGUUAGAAAAAAAACUGGGAAAUGGUACAGCUCCAUCGUUCAGAACCCUUCGGAAGGCCUGUGAACGACUGGAUCGAAAUUCUGACCAACACUUCGAAAAAAGUCAGGUAACAUACACAUAUUUCACUCAGCGAGGAGUUGAACAAGAUGAUGCUAAAGCCUGUGCUAUGGCCAUCGCAUUCUAUUCGGGUGGUUACAGCGCACUAGUCAGUACAUCAGCAAAUUACGUUUGUCGAAUGGAACGGAAAGUAGCUGAAUUGUAUACAGAUGAAGAAAACCUAAAUACUGAUGCGCUCAUGGUCAUGUAUUACCUAAUAAGAGGUCUUGCUCGUAUCGAUUUCCACUGGGGUGUUGUGACACGUUAUGUUGACUUGGACAAUGAUGAUGUAAAAGAUUAUAAACCUGGGGAAAUCUUGACUUGGCUGCAGUUCAGCAGUGCAGACAAAGGUGGAAACAAUAUGAUACACUUUCAAAAUCGUAAUACCGUUUUCAAAAUAACAUCACUUACUGGUCGAGCUAUACAAUACUUUUCGAACUGUGCCGACGAGGAAGACGAAGUUCUUUUUCUUCCACAUUCGUCUUUUCUUGUAUGUAGCGUCGUCGAUAGUCGGCCCCAACGACAAAUAUUUCUGAGACAAAUCGAAUUGGGUCUAAGUAAAUACGUCAUCUUGUGGGUUGACGACAAUAUUUUUGACGAGGACUGGGGAAAUAAGCAACUCAUGGAGAGAGCAACAACGCAAGGCACCAGUGUUAAUGUUCAUUUCAUUCCCAAAUCGAACACGGAAGCAGCACUUUCGUUUCUACGCUCAGAAUUUGGACAACGUCUGAAAAAAAGAGAAUCCUUUCGUAUCGUCACUGAUAUGAAGCGAACAAAUGAAAUUGAUCCUAGUAUGGCGGGCGUUCGAUUACUUGUAGGUGUACGGAAAUUAGGUUUUCAACAAGCUUGUCUAAUAUUCACGGGCCAUGAAGAAUCAGCUUACAACAAGCUGCAAAAGGCGUUCGGUACUGAUAAACCUCAAGGUAUUAAAGUCACCCAAUACGACUCCGAACUGGAGAAGUUUGUCCUUUUCAAACGCUGUUAG